UUACGCGUAGGGGUUAGUAAGGUCGGGCCAUGGUGGGACAGAGGUUGGGAAGAUGGCGUGGCGAGGCUGGGCACAGAGAGGCUGGGGCUGCGGCCAGGCGUGGGCUCCGCCGGGGGGUGGCCUCAGCUGCAAUGAGCUCAUUACCGCCCUGGCCCCGCCGCGGCUGUUCGGACGCAGCCAAACUUCACUGUUGAAGAAUCAAAUGGAAACACAGAGGGAAGAUAUAAAGCUUCCAUCUACCGUUUAUGAGGCCCUCCAUCGCCUGAUGUCAUGUUUCUUCCUAGUACAUAUUCCUGCAAUGAAGGUUGAGAAUGAGCACUAUGAAAAUGUACAAAAGCAUCUCAAAACAUAUUUGAAGAACGCUUUGACAGAUCAAAGGUUUAACUUCUUUAUUCAGCAAAAAUGUGGAUUCAGAAAAGCUCCCAGGAAGGUUGAACCUCGAAGAUCUGACACAGGAUCAAGUGGUGAAGCAUACAAGAGAAGUGCUUUGAUCCCUCCAGUAGAAGAAACAGUCUUUUAUCCUUCUCCCUAUCCUAUAAGGACUCUCAUAAAACCUUUUUUUUUCACUGUUGGGUUUACAGGCUGUGCAUUUGGAUCAGCUGCUAUUUGGCAAUAUGAAUCACUGAAGUCCAGAGUCCAGAGUUAUUUCGAUGGUAUAAAAGCUGAUUGGUUGGAUAGCAUAAGACCACAAAAAGAAGGAGACCUCAGAAAGGAGAUUAACAAGUGGUGGAAUAACCUAAGUGAUGGCCAACGGACUGUGACAGGUAUUAUAGCUGCAAAUGUCCUUGUAUUCUGUUUGUGGAGAGUACCUUCUCUGCAGCGGACAAUGAUGAGAUACUUCACAUCCAAUCCGGCCUCAAAGGUCCUUUGUUCUCCAAUGUUGUUGUCAACAUUCAGUCAUUUCUCCUUAUUUCACAUGGCAGCAAAUAUGUAUGUUUUGUGGAGCUUUUCUUCCAGCAUAGUGAAUAUUCUGGGUCAAGAGCAGUUCAUGGCAGUGUACCUAUCUGCAGGUGUUAUUUCCAACUUUGUCAGUUAUAUGUGUAAAGUUGCCACAGGAAGAUAUGGACCUUCACUUGGUGCAUCAGGUGCGAUCAUGAGUGUGUUGGCAGCUGUCUGCACUAAGAUCCCAGAAGGGAGGCUCGCCAUUAUCUUCCUCCCAAUGUUCACAUUCACAGCAGGGAAUGCCCUAAAAGCCAUUAUUGCCAUGGAUACAGCUGGAAUGAUCCUGGGAUGGAAAUUUUUUGAUCAUGCAGCACAUCUUGGGGGAGCUCUCUUUGGCAUAUGGUAUAUUACUUAUGGUCAUGAACUCAUUUGGAAGAACAGGGAGCCUCUAGUGAAAAUGUGGCAUGAAAUGAGGACUGAUGGUCCCAAAAAAGGAGGUGGCUCUAAAUAAAACUGGGGUUGGACAUUACUGGUGCAUCUGAUCUGUGCUGCCUGGAAGCUCCAAGAGUGCAUUGGCCCUGGAGGGACCACAGCUCCUGCCUGGAAGACACUCAGCAAGCAGCUAGCCUCCCCAGCAUUUUAAACUCUGUCCCCCAGUACUUGUCUCCUUAGAAAGUGAAUUAUGACAAAGUUGUGAAAUAAAGAUUUAUAUCUCUAGUUUGUAAA